UCCUCUCCUCUUUAUCAUCAUCAUCCAAAUACCCAACACAAAAAAACACUCUUCCUUCCCCAAAUUCCCCUUUGCCUCGUUUUUCCAUUCAACACUUUUCUCUCUUUUAGUCCACUUUCUUUCCUCAAACAAAAAAAAAAAAAAAAAAAAAAAAAAGAAGAGAAGAAAUUCUCUUUGUUAUGCAGAGAUGGCCGUGGAUUUCAUGGGCUAUAGAAGCAGCGAGAAUGUCACCUCCAAGCUAGAGGAGUGCGCCGUCCAAGAAGCCGCCUCGGGUCUCGAGAGCGUCGAGAAGCUCAUCCGACUGCUCUCCGACCGCCACGUGGAGAUCGAGACCAUGGACUGCAAGGCCGUCGCCGACGUCGCCGUUUCCAAGUUCAAGCGGGUCAUCUCCCUCCUGGGCCGCACCCGCACAGGCCACGCCCGCUUCCGCCGCGCCCCCUUGGUCCAAGCCCAAGCCCAAGCCGACAAACCCAUUGAUACCUCAUCCGUAUCCCAAUCCGCAUCUACAAGAAUCUACUACGCGACGCCGAUUCAGCAGAUCCCUCCCCCUCCCCCUCCCCCUCCGCCGCCUCCGCCGCCGCCGACGAAGGAGUCGUCCUCGACCACCAUAAACUUCUCGUCAUACUCCUCCGCCGGCCCUGCCGCCACGACGGCGACGACGUCGUUCGUCUCGUCGUUGACCGGCGACACCGAGAGCAAAAACCAGCAGCAGCCGUCGUCGUCGUCGCCGGCUUUCCAGAUUUCCAACCUCUUGUCGGCCGGAAAGCCGCCGCUUUCGUCAACCACGACGACGUCGUUGAAGAGGAAGUGCAGCUCCGAGAACCUGGGCUCCGGAAAGUGCGCCAGUGGGUCCUCCGGUCGAUGCCAUUGCUCCAAGAAAAGCAGGAAACUGAGGUUGAAAAGGGUCGUUAGGGUUCCGGCAAUAAGCUUGAAGAUGGCGGAUAUUCCACCGGACGAUUACUCUUGGCGAAAGUACGGACAGAAACCCAUCAAAGGUUCUCCACACCCAAGGGGAUAUUACAAGUGUAGUAGUGUAAGGGGGUGCCCAGCGCGUAAACACGUAGAGAGAGCGCUUGACGAUCCUUCAAUGCUUGUUGUGACCUACGAAGGCGAACACAAUCACUCUCUUUCUGUAGCGGAGACGUCUAAUCUCAUACUAGAGUCAUCUUAGAUAACGUCGGCCAAAAAACGACAAUGUUUUUGCCAGGUCUUUUGCCGUUUCAAUUUUCGAGAAAAGAGAAUCUUUGAUUGUUGUUGUAGCACUAGUGGGGGGAAAAGCAAAACAGUAGUACCAACUCGACUUUGGACUCGGUCAGAAGAAACUCAUCAGCUUUUUUUAUCUCGAAGGAGAUUUUUUAGUGGGUUAGUUUUAAUUUUUUUUUUAAAUUUCCCUGUACAAUAUAGAAUAUAUCAUUAUGGCAUGGGAUUCUCUCUUUUUCUCUAAUUAUUGUAUUAUUAAAAAAAAGGAAGAAAAAGAAGAAAAGAACAAAGCUUGUGAAAUAGGGCGAAAUAGUCCAAUGUGAAAUCAGAGGAAGAGAGAAGUUUUUUUUUUUUUUUUUUUUUGUUGGAUUUGGUUAUUGAAUUGCAUUGCAUUAGCCAAAAAGG